AUGGCGAGAGGAGAAGGUGUUCAAACACGAAGCAAUCGAGAUCUUGAAAACAACUCAAAUGACUCGAAUUAUUUUUCUAUUCUGGGUGAGAAUUCCAGAUCUACGAAUGCAAAUGAUCUUUCUAAUCCUUAUUUUCUUUCUAAUUGUGACAAUCCAGGUGUUGUUUUGGUUCCAAAAAUUCUCACAGGAAGUAAGAACUAUAGCACCUGGAGAAGAUCGAUGAUGAUUGCCCUUGUUGCUCGAAACAAAGUUAAAUUUGUCAAUGGUAAACUUCCACAACCUGAUGAAGAUACUGAGAAUUAUGAUAGCUGGUGCAGAUGCAACAACACUGUGAUUUCUUGGAUACUUCAUGCUAUUUCUGGUGAAAUCGCAGGUAGCAUAAGGUAUCACGAUAAUGCAGCUGAGAUCUGGAAAGAAUUGCAUGAAAGGUUCAAUGAAAAUAAUGCUCCAAGGAUCUUUGAGGCUAAGAAAACCAUUCAAAGUCUUAAACAGGGAUCGAAUUUUGUUACUACAUACUUCACUCGACUCAAAUCUCUAUGGGAUCAGAUCAGGGAGUAUAGACCACAACCUGUUUGUAGUUGUGGUGCUAUGAAAACUAUUUAG